AUGGCUCGCCAAUCAACAAUUUGGUGCGCACAUCCUACUCGACAUCAGAAUUGUUCAAAAGUUGGUCGUAAAGUUACGCAUCCAAAAGGUAGACGUGUUGUUUCAAAGCAACUUGCUCAAUACAUACAAAAAUAUUAUCGUCGUGGUAUUGGAAAGUCAAAGCUGACAACACGAGAAGGUGAUUUCCUGUGUACCGGUUGUUAUGAUUUUGAAUGUAAGAAGAUGAAUCAAAAAUAUAUAUCAACACAAGAACAAGGUGUUGUUGAAAAUCAACUUGAACUUGAAGCAAAGGAAUUGUCAUGUUCAUCUAAUCCAAGGGAAGAACAACCUGAUAAUGAAGAUGAAGCAUUGUCCGGUACAACUUCGUCGAAUGUUUCGACGGAACAAUUAUAUUAUAAACAGGAAGUCGUAGACUUAUUGAACAAUAUUUUUGAAUUAUUGAAUAUAGAACUAAUUGCCGAUGUACGUCAUCGUGAUAAACUACGUGCAAAAAUAAACCAAGUGAAUGUUAAACUUUAUGAUCUAUGUGACAAUAUUUUGGAUUUGAAAGCAUCAUCGAACUCGAAUAGUAUUAAUCUCUUCUCAUCUGGCAUUACACUACACGAUUGUCAAACAUUAAUUGAUGGUCUCAAACAAUUAUUUUUCAUUAGUAAUAAUGAACAACAAAUACAACUGCUAACGAUCGCACCAUUAGAUUGGGGUCGAAAAAAGAUCGAAUAUUUUUUCAACUGUACCGAGCAUCAAGCGAAAGAGGCUAUCAUAUUAAGAUAUUUAUAUGGUGUGUUGGCUCGACCUACUUAUUUCAGUGGUAAUAAACCACUUUCCAAAAACAUUAUUGAUCAAGUUCUAAAUUUUUACGAAGAUGGUAGAAUUAGCCGACAGUCAUCAAACAAAAAAGAUAAAAUCAAGGUGAAUGGUGAAGAUAAAAUAUUUCGGUUUAUGGACAUGUGUGUUGGAGAUGCGUAUUUAAUUUUCAAAAAUGAAUUUCCAACUAUCUCGAUUAGUCAUUCGAAAUUCUUUGCUCUUAGACCCAAAUGGGUGAAAAUUAAUUGUCCCAAUCAAGGUUGUCUUUGUAUUUAUCAUGAAAACUUUCACUUAUUGCUUGAGGCAUGGAACAAUCGAAAUAAAACCAGCUGGAAUUUACAACAAAUUAUUGAUUCGAUUUUGUGUACCUCACCAAUGGAAGCAUGUCACACAAGAGAAUGUGAUGAUUGUGGAGAUCGAUUACCAAGUUGUAUCAUUCAGCCAACAUGUAAAGGUGAUAUUGAUGAUGAAGAUAAUGAAAUUCGAUGGUUUAACUGGGUUCGAGUGUCAGGAAAAGUUAGUUUGCAGGAAAUAUCUGGAAAUAUUGCAACAUUAUUAGGUAAAAUUGAUGAACAAUGGCCGGUUAUCUUACACCAUCAUUAUGUUAAAGAACAACAAAAACAAUAUAUAAAUGAAAUUAAGAAGAAAUCCAACGAUAAAGAUUAUGUUGUUAUUACUUGUGAUUUUGCAGAGAAUUACACUUUAGUUGCUCAACGUGAAGUUCAAUCAGCACACUGGAAUCAACAACAAGUAGCUAUAUUUACCAUUCAUGUAAAAAUUGGUGAUUCUCAUCUGAACAUCGCUGGAAUCAGCGACUAUCUAAACCACGACACAGUGUUUGUGCACUGUUGUCAACAAAAAAUUAUUACAAUAAUCAAAGAUAAAUUUCCAUUGGUUCAGAAAAUAAUUUAUGUUUCUGAUGGUGCAGCAAUGCACUUUAAAAAUAAGUACAACGUGUAUAAUCUCUCUUGUCACAAAGAAGAAUUCGGUAUAGAAGCUGAGUGGCUAUUUUCGGCAGCCGGACACGGCAAAACUGCUUGCGAUGGUUAGUUAAUUACCCUUUGGAUUUCUAUUUAUGCUUUUAUUUUUCAACUAUAUUUUAAAUCCUACGUUGAUAAUGUUUGUAUAGUACGAAUGACUUGAAAAAUUUGACCUUUUCAGUCCAUGAUAUUUCAAGCAAUAUUAAAACGGGGCAGGAACUAAGUAUACUAGUAUGUAAGUUAAUGUUAGUACUUUAGUAAAUGAGUGAUAGGUAUACUCCCAAAUUCUGCAUAAGUGAGAAAUAUUGGUCACAACAUGGGGUAUUUUCACUAUAGGUUAGUAGGGUGUCCCCAUAUACAUCAUGCUAUUUCACAAUGAAGAUGUUUCGAAGGAAUGUUUCCUAUAUCGUUAGAGAGACAGCAGAUGUAUAUAUAAAAUCUAACUGGAAUCGAUCAUCAAUCAUUAAGAUUUUAUGUCUAGCCAUAUACAUCAAAAUAGGCCAUUUUUGCUGUUUUUUCAUUUUUUGCAAAAUCUUGCAUCGGGCUCCAGUGUAUAAUAACGAUGUGAAUGGGACGAUCUGUUGAUGAUUACAAUCUAUGAACUAAGUACUUCAUAAACAUAUACAAAGCUCGACUCGAUGAUCACGCUUAGGUAAAAAAAUUGGUACGUCAAAAUUGAAAAAUAUCAUCAAUACCAUAUAGGAUGGAAUUUUAUGGCAUGAAAAAAACUAUGAUGCCGAUGAGUUAGGAAGGUGAUGUUUUCACCAUAUAGUUAGGGUAGUGAGAGCUUCAAUCACUGAAAGUUUCAGCUUGAUCAGUGAAGGUCACUGCAUAUGUGGGAGAUUUCCGGUGGAACUACCCAUAUAUAUACCAUCGGUCGUCACAGGAUUAAAGUGGGUAUAUUACCAAAGUGGGCAGUGAUCAUUUUUGGUUUUUUGCUCAUAAAAUCAUCUUCGUGUCUCUAAGCAAUUAUUUCUACUUGAAAUACAAAGC